CUUAUUUUGCUGGCUCUAUCUCAGAUGGGGUUGCUUAAUGAGAGUCUGGAAAAAUUCAAGCAACAACAAGAGAAAUGCCAGAAAACACUUACUGGAAUUGCAGCUAAAGCAUCAUCAUCUAAAGCCAGCUCUUCAAGGCCCGUGCCCUCAGGCACAUCGAAUGUGCCAAAUGCAAAGUCUCCAUCACCCCCUGUUAAAUUCUCGAAUGAUACGGAACGGCUUCAACAUAUAAAUAGCAUAAGGAAAGCCCCUGUUGGAGCUCAAAUCAAACGUGUCAUUGAUUUGCUAUUUGAGACAAGGCAAGCAUUCACCCCUGAGCAAAUAAAUGAAGCUUGUUAUGUGGAUGCGAAUGCAAACAAGUCUGUCUUUGACAGUUUGAGGAACAAUCCAAAAGUGAGUUAUGAUGGCAAACGGUUCUCGUACAAGUCCAAACAUGCUUUAAAAGAUAAGAGCCAACUUCUAGUGUUAGUCCGGAAGUUUCCUGAGGGUAUUGCUGUUAUUGAUCUCAAGGACUCAUACCCCACAGUCAUGGAGGACUUACAGGCUUUGAAAGCUUCAGGUCAAAUUUGGCUAUUAUCAAACUUCGAUUCUCAAGAGGACAUAGCAUACCCAAAUGAUCCAAGAGCGGUUAUAAAAGUCGAUGAUGACUUGAAACAAUUAUUUAGGGGGAUCGAACUCCCUCGCGAUAUGCUUGACAUCGAGAAGGAUCUUCAGAAGAAUGGGAUGAAACCUGCGACAAACACCGCUAAGAGGAGGGCCAUGGCACAGGCUCAUGGCAUUCCCCCGAAGCCUAAGACAAAGAAAAAGAAAAAUGAAAUCAGCAAGAGGACAAAGCUUACUAAUGCUCACCUUCCGGAACUCUUUCAGCACCUCAAACCUAGUUCAUCUUGAAUUUCCAAUCAGUAUCUUUGAAUAUCCUCAUGACUAAAUCUGUGCUGUUGGUUAAAGCUGCUGAAGUUAUACACGAGCAAAUGAUUUAAUCCAGAUUUACUGGAUACACUGUUCUUUCAUUCCAAGUCUGGCCACUUAUACUAACUGAAAAUACACGUGCAGACACCUGUGAAUGAUUUGUACUUGGACAAGUUGUUUCUCUACAUCUAGAAGUUGAAGCAGCAAAUGUAGUGUCGAGGCCUCGUCUAUGUGAUCCAAAACAGCGGCUUCUUAUGGGUUCAACUUCCCCUUCAGUGGAGGAAAUGUUAUCCCUUUU